AUGAGGGUCUGGUCCUCAUCGGCCGGCCUGUCGGCCAGCUUGCUUGCGACCGCGUUUUUCGCACCCCAUGCCGCCGCAUACAACUUCACCGACGUUCCCUCGCCAUAUCUCGAUGUUAGGGAGCUUGGCCGUGUUGCUUUGACCGGCAAUUUCGACGCUCUUUCUAUCUACCAGUGGGAGGGCCAGGAACAAUCCGCCUACUACACCAAUGGCAGUCAGUCGAUUCUCGCCCGCUACCCAAACGAUGCCUUUGCCGCUCUCCGCACCGCCGACGCGCAUAUCGAGGCCAUGUGCCCUUUCAUAAAAUCCGACGGGACCUUGGCAGGGAUCUUCAUCGGAGGAAAUUUCACGAGCUUGGGAGGCGUGGAAACGCAGGGCGUUGGGCUGUUCAACCCGGACACUGCAGAAGUCACGGCGGUUUCGGGAUUGACCGGCAGGGUUCAGGCGCUCUACUGCGAUGGUGAAUCUGGCACUGUGUAUGUUGGUGGUACGUUUUCCGGCGGAAAUUCUACGAACGCGAUCGCGUGGAACGGAGACUGGGAAAAUAUGCCUUUUGCUGGGUUUAAUGGUCCUGUGGCUUCGAUUACCAAAGCUCCAAAUGGCAACAUUAUUUUUGGAGGCUCGUUUCACGGUAUUGGCAACACGACUACGCCAACCGAGAAGGAUCAACAGGUCGUUCCGCUUGCUGCUGGAAACAUCACGUCUAGUCAUUCCACUUCCACCGAUGGCUUCAAGGAUCCAAAGAACAUCAUUUGCAAGGUCGGAUCUCAGGACGGAUCGGGCAACUCUUGGUUGUUGGAAGACAACACUGCUGGAUACUGGGAGGGCCGAUAUCAAUUCGAAUUCCAGCCCACAAAAAUGCGUCUUUACAACACCAAGCACGAGGGCCGCGGGACAAAGACUUUCCGCUUCACUGCGUUUCCCAUCAACGGUAUCAUGAACUUCACUCACAUUGAUGCCAAAGGUAACAACAUCACCUGCGAUGCGCGCUGCCCGCUCCCGGAAGGCAACACCACGUACCAAGAUUUCCACUUUGUCAACUCGAUUGGUAUGGAUGGUUUCCGCAUCGACGUUUCCGAUUGGUGGGGUGAUGGUGGUGGUCUCGCUGGUAUCGAGCUGUUCCAAGACGAGAUCUUUGCUUUCGCUAUCAACACGUUCAACGAACCAACCUGUGAUAGUGUCAGCACUGCAGCAAACUCCACUACCACUGGUCCUUGGAAAGUCACGCCGUCCCACGAGAGCAGCUCCGGAUAUCUCACAGCCAACUUCACUGGUCAGAACACCGGUACAGACUCCGCUGGGGUUGUUUUCAAACCCAACAUCAAACAAUCUGGCAACUACACUGUGCGAUUGUACACCCCUGGAUGUCUCCAGGACAACACUUGCGAUACACGUGGCAUAGUCAAUAUCACCGGAACCAUGACCUCGCACAACAGCUCAGGCACAACGAACGACGCCCCGGUCACAGCCACUCUGUACGAAACCAAUUACUACGACAAAUACGACACGAUCUACUCUGGCUAUAUCGAUGCCAUCGAUGGUACUUGGCGCCCUUCUGUUACCCUUACUCCUGCCAACGGGCAAAGUGGAAAUGUUACCAUCGUCGCGCAACGCGUUCGUUUCGAGCUAAUGAGCGAUAAUGCCGGUGGCCUUAACGGAAUUUACGAGUACAAUCCGAAGUUGACGACCGUGAGCGACGACUACUCCUCUUCCGCCUUCGAUGCGGCUGGCAUCAGCUUCGAGGGAAAUGCCGACAUCACCUCAAUGGCUGUCGGUGACAAUGCGGUCUUUAUCGGCGGCAACUUCACGAACGGUGACUUUAGCAACAUCUUCAAGGUCAGCGACAAUGCCUCAGUCAGUCUCUCUGGUAAUGGCCUCGACAACGAGGUUCACACUCUGUACCUCAACGAGACUGCUUACACCCUUUACGUCGGCGGUAACUUCUCCAAGACCGUUGACGGUAGCGUGACUGGGCUGGGUGGCGUUGCUGCGUACUCGUUGUCUGAUGAUUCUUGGACCGCUCUUGGUGCUGGCGUGCUUGGUACCGUCUCGAGCAUUGUUCCGUUUACGCUGAACCUGACCGCGUAUCAGCCAGAGGAAGUCAUUGCUGUCAGUGGUGAUUUCGCUCGUGUUGCGGCAUUCGACGAUAAUGAUGCUUUCGCUGUCGACGGCAUCGCCAUUUGGUCACCUUCGAGAAAGAAUUGGGUCCAUAACCUAGGCAUAGGUACGAUCGGACUCGCUGGGAAGCUGACAGCAUGGACCAACGUGACUGAUGCCGGUCCAUUUUACGCUGGCUCCGUCUCCUCCCAGGCGCUGGGUGCCAGUGGUGCCGUCGGCCUUAAUGAAUACGACAACCUCGCGUUGCAGUCGUACAACCUCAGCAUCCAACCACGACAGUCGGCCCCCAACUUGGCCAAGCGAGAUGCGUUGGUCUCAAACUACUCUGGUAUCGUGACUGGCACCGUUUACGAUGACAACGGUCUCAACCUUACAAUCGUUGGUGGUCACUUUACGGCCACGGGAUCAAAUGGUACCACCAUCCACAAUCUGCUGUUCAUGAACAGCUCAAGCUCUGAACAAGUCACUGGUCUUACUCAGCCGCUAAAUGACGACGCGACUAUCCUUUCCCUUGGUACUGUCGGAACAACGCUCUAUGCCGGUGGCACUUUUUCGGGCAACGUGAGCGACAACGAGAUCGACGGUCUCCUCGCCUACAACCUCGCCACCAACGAGUUAGUUGACAGUCAGCCACAAGCACUUAGCCGCGACGAGGGCACUGUUAGUGUCAACGCGGUUGCUCCUCGCCCCAAGACGACCGAUUUGUUCAUUGGCGGUGACUUUGAUUCCGCUGGCGCUUUCGGAUGCCCAGGCCUCUGCGUUCUGUCUACCGACCGUGGCCAGUGGACAAACCCAGGAAGUGGCUUCGGCGGCUCAGUCUACGCAUUGACCUGGACAUCGCAGAACACUCUGAUGAUCGGCGGUAAUCUGACAAUUCAAGAUGUCCCUACUACCCUGGCAACCUAUAAUGCCAAGAAGAAGACCUUUCAGGCAGUUGAGGGCGCCGAUAGCGUGCCUGGGCCAGUAUCGGCUAUCACUGCUGCUAACCUGGAUGCCACGCAGUUCUGGAUUGCCGGAACCGCAACCAAUGGUUCGGCCUUCGUCAUGCUGAGCGGUACAAACGCCGGCAACUGGUUUACUGCUAGCUCUGGACUUGGUGAGGGCACGGUCAUUCGCGGCCUCCAGGUCUUUUCCACCUCUGAGAAGCAUGAUUCCAGCGACAACAUGAACCAAGAUAAAAUCCUCAUGGCCCUCGGCUCCAUCCACCUGCCAGACUUUGGCCAGGCGUCGGCAGCUGUUUUCAACGGCACCAGCUACCAGCCUUUCAUCCUUUCUACAUCUGGAAACGGCCAGGGCAGCAUGUCUCAGAUCUUCGUCCAACACCCGCAGAAUGUGUUCAAGAGUUCUCACGGUCAUCUCGCUGUCGGCCUUAUCGUGCUUAUUUCCCUGGCAAUCUCCCUCGGCCUCAUCAUGUUGAUUGUCGUCGCUGGCAUCAUCGCCGAGCGCAUCCGCAGAAAGCGUGAGGGUUAUGUGCCCGCUCCGCAGAUGGACAAGGGCGGCAACAUGAGCCGCAUACCACCGGAACACAUUCUCGGUAAUCUAGAUAAUCCCGGCCAACCCGAGAGGCUUUGA